CUUUGAGUGACAUCUAUUAUGAGGCUGCAGGUGAACUUAUCCGGCUCGUCUUGAGACUUGUUGCGACAAAAGCACUGGCGUCUUCAAGUAACUAGAAUGGAACGGUCGAAUUAGAACCCUGGAAGUGAUCUUCAACAGCGGCCCCUAAAGGAAUGGAGAACGGAGGCUCGAUGAAUUUGCUAGACUACGGUGAGGCAUCGUGGGAGAAUGCUGAGAAGAACCGGUACAUCUUGUGCCGUUUCAUCAACCCCAACAAGCUGACCUCAUAUCUGCGCCAAUGCAAGGUCAUUGACGAACAAGACGAAGAUGAGGUGCUCAACUCUCGCCUGCUGGAGUCCAAAGUCAACCGUGCAGGUCGGUUGUUGGAUAUCCUGCACACGAAGGGGGAGCGAGGCUAUGUUGUUUUUCUAGAGAGUCUAGAGUUGUAUUACCCGGACCUCUACAAACUCGUUACUGGGAAGGAGCCUACACGCAGAUGUUCCACUAUAGUCGUGGAGGAGGGCCAGGAAGGGUUAAUCCAGUUUUUAAUGAAUGAAGUCAUAAAGCUUCAGCAGCAGUCCAGGGCUAAAGAUGUGCAGCGGGUGGACAUCAUGACCAAAUGCCGCACGCUAGAAGAUGAGCACAAGAAGCUACGACUGGCCAACCAGGAGCUGCACACUUUCCAGGAACGGUACAAUAAGAUGAAAGAAGAGCGUAAUAACUAUAACGAUGAACUUAUUAAGGUGAAGGAUGACAACUAUCAGCUGGCUAUGCGAUUUGCGCAGCUCAGCGAGGAGAAGAAUAUGGCUGUGAUGAGGAGCCGAGACCUUCAGCUAGAGAUUGACCAACUAAAGCACAAGUUGAACAAGGUGGAGGAGGAGUGCAAAAUGGAGAGGAGGCAAUCUCUGAAAUUGAAGAAUGACAUUGAGAACCGACCUCGGAAAGAGCAGAUAUUUGAGCUGGAGAGAGAAAAUGAGGUCUUGAAGAUCAAACUCCAGGAGUUGCAGUCCAUCAUACAGCCCGGGCCUCUACCUGAUUCAGACAAGGCCAUCUUGGAUAUCCUGGAGCAUGACCGACAGGAGGCUCUAGAGGAUCGUCAGGAGCUGGUCAACAGACUCUAUAACCUGCAUGAAGAGGUCCGGCAGGCCGAGGAGCUCCGGGACAAGUACCUGGAAGAGAAGGAGGACCUUGAAUUGAAGUGCUCCACUUUGGUGAAGGACUGCGAAAUGUACAAGAACCGCAUGAAUACGGUCAUGGUGCAGCUGGAAGAGGUCGAACGUGAGCGGGACCAGGCUUUCAAGUCAAGAGAUGAUGCUCAACACCUCGUGUCUCAGUGUCUGAUUGACAAAGACAAGUACCGCAAGCAAAUACGGGAGCUGGAAGAGAAGAGCGAUGAACUUCAAAUAGAAAUCGUACGCAAAGAAGCCAAGAUCGUCAACCUGGAGUGCAAACUGAGACGGAUGGUCAAAGAAAAUGGUUUGGAUCAGAUGUUUUCCCCUCAGAGUCUGCCACGAGACAUUACUCCACUAAUUAUAGCUCAGCACUUUGGGCAACCUGAUGGAAAUACAGGAGGACCUUCAGAGGACUCUGGAGAAGACAUCGUUGAUGAUCAAGAGCCUAAGCUCCAACGCAGAUGUAACCUUAAGGGCAGAAUCAAUCGACCAAAAUCUCCAGCUGCUGGACCCAAAAGUCCUCUAUUCCAAGCCAUGCCUUUCACCAAUGGAGAUCUGUUAGAACGUGCUGCCACUGACAACACAAGUCUUAACAGUUCCAGUGCAGUGAUUUCUUCUGCAGAGAUCUGCUGUAAAAAUCUGCGGUACCGUAAUGACAGUAUCAUGUCCACUGUGCCAGAGCCUCCAGACCAGAACUCCAUCGUCAGGAGAAUCAAGGAGAACUCAAACUCUCAGUACAAAUGUAUUCUCCCUUCAGACACUGCAGAUACUGACAGUGGAGACAAUGCCGACAUGGAUGACCAUGACUUAGACAUGUCCUCCUACGGGCCUUCCUCCAUCCAUUCAUCUUCAUCUUCCCACCAGUCUGAGUCAAUGGACUCAUAUGAUCUGGAGCAAGUCAAUAACAUCUUCAGGAAAUUCUCUUUGGAGAGACCGUUUCGUCCCUCAUUGACCUCAGGCCCUCCGCAAAACCCAUUGCGGCCAGUUCAGAGCCUUUUACUCUCUGGAGAAAACCUUCUGUCGGACGUCACUCUGAUUGGUGGAAAUGAUAGUGGCAUCUUCGUGUCCUCUGUCCAGUCUGGUUCUGAAACAGAACAGGCCGGAGUUAAAGUUGGACAUCAUCUUCUACUGUUGGAAGGCAGUGUUCGUGGAGAAGCUCAGAGUGUGGCUUUGGACACCUGCACCAAAGAGGAAGCUCACUGGACCCUGCAGAGAUGCACCGGACAAGUGCAUCUCCAUUACAAGUCCAACUAUGAUGGCUACAGGCGGCUGCUGAAGGACAUUGAAGAUGGCACAGUGGUAUCCGGAGACUCUUUCUACAUACGUCUCAAUCUGAACAUCUCCAGCCAGUUGGACAACUGCUCACUGAACGUACGAUGUGACGAGGUUGUCCAUGUUCUGGACACCAUGCACCAGGGCAAAUGUGAGUGGCUGUGCGCCCGAGUGGACCCUUUCACCAACAAGGACACGGAGAAAGGCACCAUACCGAGCUACUCCAGAGCCCAGCAGCUCCUCUUGGUGAAGAUUCAGAAGCUGAUGUGUCGAGGAGGUCGAGAGGAGGUCGACACUCUGCAAAGACUCCGGAACACUCUACAACCUGAGGAGCCCACACCAUCUCAAGACCCCAAGUCUAGUCCACGUCUGUCCAGAGCCAGUGUCUUCAUCUUUCAGUUAUUACAGUUUGUCAGCAGGGUGGAUAACAAGUACAAGAGGAUGAACAGCAAUGAGCGUGUCCGCAUUGUCAAUGGAGGAAAUCCAUCGUCAGUUUCCAGACCAGGUUUUGAAACACUAAGGCCUGAGGACACGUCUGACCCAGAGAGCGACUUAACCAAGAGCUUGAAUCUGAUCCCAUACAGUCUAGUGACCCCACAGCAAUGUCAGCGCAAAAGACCCGUCCUCUUCACCCCCAACAUCCUAGCCAAGACCAUCGUCCAGAAGUUCCUUAAUCUAGGAGGUGCUAUGGAGUUCAAUAUAUGCAAACCAGACAUUGUGACAAAAGACGAAUUCCUCAUGAAACAGAAGAUAGAGCCCAUCAUUUAUUCCAAAGAAAAGCAGGCCUGCACAUAUGAAUGCAUCACCCCAGAAAACAUCGAAGCGGUUGCCUUCAAGAAUAAGCACUGUCUUUUGGAAGCUGAUCUGAGCUGUGUGAAAGACUUGUUGAGGAGAGAGAUCUACCCCAUCGUGAUCUUCAUCAAAAUCUGUGAAAGGAACAUCAAAAAAUUAAGGAGGCUCCCUCUGAGGGUGGACUCUGAGGAGGAGUUCUUGAAGAUGUGUCGCUCCAAGGAGAAGGAGCUGGAGACGCUGCCAUGCUUGUACGCAGGUGUGGAGCCUGACUGUUGGGGUGGAGUGGAGGAUCUCGUCAGGAUCAUCAAGGACAAGAUUUUUGAGGAGCAGAAGAAGACCGUCUGGGUGGAGCAGGACCUGCUGUGACCUGAUCAUGGGAGCAACGGCUUAUGGCACACCAAAACUCUGUUUCCAGCUAGGGUGGAAUGUAUGCAUGCAGCACAGGCGUGUGAACAGGAAGUAACUCUGUCAAAGGCGUCAAAGGUGAGGUGUGUUUCUCUCCGCUGUCAAAAAAAGAAAAAAAAAAUAUAUAUAUAUAUAUAUAUAUGCAAACACGUGAAUGGGGAAUGUUACCAUGUGAUGCUCCUGAGGUUCACAUGGUAAGCAGUGGAAAUGUUCUCAGCCCAGAGCUUCUUGUCUAUUAUUCUCCUAAGGUGGAGCUGUUGUCAAUAAAAUAUUAUCCUUCCCAGCAUCCACCUGUAAUGUUUAAUACAGUUGAUAAAGUUGAUUUGUGUGUAACUGUAAAUUGAAUCUGAUACCACCAUUGUUACAAUAUACAGUAUGUACUUUUAUCUUUAUAGGCAAAUUACAUAAAUUAAUAUUUGUGGUGUCUAUAUUUAUUUAAAUACAAGCCCACAUUUGUAAUGUGUUUGUAAAGGUUAGUCUUUGUGCAGAUGACACACAUGUGGCUUAAUUCUGUGCCAUUUCAGCUGCAUCUCUAGUUCAUACUGUAUUUCAAUUGCAUUAUCUGUAUUUACACGUCAAGCUAUUGACUGUAAUUUGCAACUUUUUUUAUUUUUAUGUUGGCAUUAUUUUGGAGUCUGUUUAAGCUGUCAUUGACUGAUGUCCUGAAGUGGGCUCUUAUCUUCUCUGUCUGUCUCUAGAUGUUAUCACAGUUAGAGCUGUUUCUGGUGUUUACUGAAUGUUCCAUUCUUUAAAGAUGACUUACUGCUUGCCAUUUAGAAAUAUCAUGAUUUAUGGGUAUCUUACAAAUAAUAUGAUUUAAAAAAAAAAAAUACAUUUAAGGUUAAAUGUAUGGGGAUUUAUAAGGGAAAUGUUUUAGGCUUUUAAAAAUUAUUUUAAAAAAUUAUUCAUGGGGUCUGUGUUGUCACAAAUUGAAUGUGUGUGUAUAUAACGAAAAGGGGGUUUUAAGCAUCAUUUAAGCUUCUUUUCCCCCCAACAUUAUGUGUUCUGUUUAAGUUUUUCUUCUUAGCAAAAAUAAUGACUGUCAUACAUUUUUACUAUGAUUUACUAAAAAAUCUGGUCAGGCAUAUUUAAAACGAGAAUUAUUGGAUGACAUUAAAAUUAGUAAAAACUAAUUAUUUUAAGAUUUAAAAUUACAAUUAAAACAAUCUUUGCUACUAUCCUUCAAACUAGUAGGUUUUACCCACUUGUCAGCAAUUAUUUUUUUAUCAUUUAAACUGUAAUAGCAUUUUGUAUGACCAUUUGUUCUUUUAUAUAUUUUAAUAAGUACAGGUUAGAUUUUAUUCUCACAAAAGUUAUUUGAAAAAGUAGACACUUUUCUUGCAUUUAAUAUGCUUUCCAUGUAUAUAAAUUUGCUUUUGUCCAUUUAGUUUGGUGCUGAUGCCAACAUGGGAUGUCUUGUCUUUGGCCCAUACAGUACAAAUAAUUCCAUUUUAUCACUCAAAUAAUUAUAUAUAUAUAAUUUUUUAAUCUAUAUUUAAUUAUUUGUUAAUUAAAUAUAUUUUGUUUAAUUCAUUAUUUGUAUUUUUUUACAGUACAAAUAUUCUAUUUAAUCACUUACAUACUACAAUGUCAUGAAAACUCCAUGUCUAAUAAUUGUAAAAGAAUUAUGAAAAAAUAUUAAUGAUUGAUGUCAACUACCCUUGUACUGACCCCUGUGAUUCUAAACAUACGGCGUAUAGAUGUGUGUAUAUUUAUUGUUGAGAGUGAUACCACUGUAGGGGAAAUUUAUUGUAUCAACCUUGGCACCUUAUAAAAUGAAACGGAAACGUCUGUUGUCUAGAAGACAGGAGUUAAUGUUUAUAUAGUAUGUAAUGGCAUCUUAUCCAGGGGAGUGCAUCGUUGUGUUGAGGUAUCACAUUUGGGAAAGAACUAUUUUGUCACUAUCAUUUUUUCAGUAUAUUAAGAAACUGUCUUUCUUGUUUAAUCUCCAACUCUCAAGCUUUGAUUUAAUCUAUUUUUGUAAAUAUUAUUUUAUAAACAGACACCGGAAUGUACUUUGCAGCUGACACAACAAUGCAUGGUGUGUUUUAUGUAAUAAAUGGUUUUGAGAAGCAGA